CGGUGUUCUGGGGACUCAAUAGCUAUAUGACCGAGCAUUCCUCCGCUUCCAGCAUACUUCCUCCCUUAGCUCAUUCACAAUUUCAUCUCUCUAGAUAAGUACCCAAUGUACGCACCAUGUCACCAUGAUCCCUCGAAUACACAUCUAUCCACUCGGUUGUCAAGCUCUGCACCCAACUACUCUUUGAUGCGAUGCGUCUUCUCCUCAUAAGCGCCUUCUUGGCGCAGAGCAUCGUCAACGCCGUAGGCACAACCGUUCACCUCGACUACGCGACAUAUCACGGCCACGCCCUCUCAAACGGGAUCUCACAAUGGCUCGGAAUGCGCUACGCCGCUCCUCCAACGGGUAACCUUCGUUUUGCUCCACCCCAGGAUCCGGAACGUAUGCAAUAUGUCCAGAAUGCAACUGUUCACGGCGCCCGUUGCAUCGGCCUGUCCCAAACACCCACCCCCGCGCUUUCCGAGGAUUGCCUUUUCAUCAACGUCUACGCGCCCACAGGUGCGACCGCGGACUCUCAACUGCCCGUCUAUUUCUUCAUCCCAGGCGGCGGCUUCAACACCGACUCCAAUGCAAAUUACAAUGGCUCAGCGCUGCUACUCGCCGCGGACAAGCAGAUGCUCGUUGUCACUUUCAAUUACCGCGUCGCAUCGCUCGGAUUUCUGGCAAGCAAGGAGAUGCGUGGCAGUGUGAACAAUGGGCUGAAGGAUCAAAGGAAGGCCAUGAUGUGGGUCCAGGACAACAUCGCAAAGUUUGGCGGCAAUCCCAAGCAUGUCGUUCUCGGUGGCGAUAGCGCUGGAGCCGCGAGUAUCACAUUACACCUUGCUGCGUAUGGUGGGCGCGAUGAUGGGUUGUUCCAUGGCACGGCUGCAGAGUCGCAGUCGUUUGGGCCUGUGCUGACGAUCGAGGAAUCGCAGUAUCAAUACGAUGCGCUGGUCGCAAAUAGUGGGUGCAAGGGCAAGUCUGACACGCUUGCGUGCUUGCGCGGUAUGGACAUCGGUUCAUAUCAGAAAGCUGCUGUCAACGUCCCUUAUCCACGCAAGCACUGGGAGCCACUGUUCAUGUACAGUCCAGUCAUCGACAGCGAUUUCGUACGUGCGGUGACGAUGAAGGAGUUCCAGGAUGGCAAUUUUGUGAAGCUCCCUGCUAUCUACGGCAAUGUCCUCAAUGAAGGCACGACGUUCUGCCCGCGCAAUAUCGCCAACAUGGAAACGUCCACGAAAUGGCUCAGCAAUCAAUUCCCUCAUCUGAACUCGAGUCACGCCGACGCCGUAUCUAAGUAUUUCCCACGGACACCUGAACGCUUCCCAAAAUCCACAGACUUCUGGCGCCAAUGCGCCAACGCCUAUGGCUCCAUCCGCUACCUCUGCCCAGGACUCACUCUGUCCUCCAUCUAUGCUUCGCACUCCAUACCUGUAUACACCUACCUCUGGUCCGUCAAAGAUCCCCGCAGUGAAGCCAGUGGACUAGGCGUGUUCCACACCGCUGAAAUCAAUGCUAUAUGGUCACCCGGGGCCGCAGGAACGAAAAGCUUUUGGCCGCAGAGUUAUUUGCCAGGAGGUGUAAAUGAUGGUGUGAUUCCGGUGGUGCAGGGAUACUGGACCAGUUUCGUGCGACAUCUGGAUCCGAAUCGUGAGAGGGCGCGGGGUACGCCAGUUUGGGAGCAGUGGGGACAAGGCAGCAGAUUAGUGUUCGAGACGAACAAAACGACGAUGAGGACAGUGGCGAAUGACGAGAGGGGGAUGUGUGAAUAUUUCGGGCAGGUGGCGGUAGAUUUGCGGCAGUGAUGAUUGUGAUACCCCUGAAUGUUGGUAGUUGAAGGCUUCAGCUAAGGCUAUGAUGAUCGAUAGUGAGUAGGUCGCAAUGGAUUGUCUUACUAGCAUAUUGUUCGAUUUAGGCUCGUUCUAAAUUGGAUAAUAUUGGUAGGUGCUUUUGAAGUCUUAACGUUGUGUUCGCCUUGAAUGCUAUCGAGAUAUACGCCAAUUGCUAUUCCGCCCGGGUACUUCUGUAAGCCGGUCCGAAGGGUCGCCGGUCUACUUUUUUGUGGAAAUAGUGUAGCCAUAUCAACAUCCGUUUCACACUGGAUGGUCGUGAUGACCUAUAGGAGGUGCCAUGCACUGACUGGGUCGACCGUCUGAUUCUCUCGGAAUUGCUUGAUCUAUUGUAUCCUUUAUGGCUAUACUCCUAACGGAGGCCGUUACUCUGGAGUCGGAACAUUGAAAC